GUUUCUUGGUAGAAAACUACUAGAGAAUAACUCCAAACCUAGCGAAGAGAAUUACCAGAGAACAGCUCCAAAUUUCCAAGAAACCUACCAGAGAACAGCUCAAACCCAGCAAAGAAAAUUACGAAAGAAAAGCUCCAAAUCCGAUGAAAAAAAUUACAAGAGAAAAUCUCCAAACCCGACAAAGAAACUAGAAGCUGAAACCGAAUUAGACUCCAAGCCUGAUGAAGAAACUAAUGGAAAUUUAUUAGAAGCGGAAGCUAAAUCAGAAUUGGCUUCUUACUCCGGAGAACAACUCCAAGACGUCAAAGAGAACUACCAGAGAACAACACGAAAUUUCGAAGAAAGCUCUUUGACGUUUUGGAGCCUCUCUCUGAUAGAAUUACCAGAAAACUACCAGAGAACAGCUCUAAAACACGCUGAACAAUGGCGAAGGUGCUUUACUAAAUUGGGUAGAAAACAGCAUGAAAAACUUACUCGUGUUCGGUGGUAUGAGUUACUUCGAUUGCCAUAUUUUAAUCCUAUUCAGUUUUUGGCUAUUGACCCAAUGCAUUGCCUAUUUUUAGGCAUUGCAAAAUGGAUUGUUAAACGAUUAUGGGUCGAUCAUAGAAAGUUGAAUACAAGCCAAUUAAAGCAAAUUCAAAAAAAAAUGUCAGAAAUUCAGGACUAUCUUUCGGCACCAGAUCAAAGAAUUCUCACAAAUUUUGUACGAAUUUGUACAAUUUUGGUCUGUCGAAUUAUUGAUAUAUCUGUGUUAGAAGAAGAACAUAACCGGUUUAUUCUACUUAUUAAACAAAUUGAA